CUAAUAUGGCGCCGUGUUUGAGUGAGUGUAUACGUUAGCUCCAGGUUAGCUCUGUCUUCGUACAGGUGUGUCUCCUCACCUGCACCGGAGGACACUGGAUCAUGGCGGGAGUGAUCCGGAGGCUCGAUGAGACCGUGGUGAACCGAAUCGCAGCGGGAGAAGUGAUCCAGCGUCCCGCCAACGGAGUCAAAGAACUGAUCGAGAACUGUCUAGAUGCCAAGUCGACUAACAUCCAGGUGACGGUGAAGGAUGGUGGGCUGAAGCUGCUUCAGAUUCAAGACAACGGGACUGGGAUCAGGAGGGAGGAUCUGGAGAUCGUCUGUGAGAGAUUUACGACCUCUAAACUGUCGACCUUUGAUGACCUUUCUCAGAUUUCUACGUAUGGAUUCAGAGGAGAGGCUCUCGCAAGUAUCAGCCAUGUUGCCCACGUCACCAUAACAACAAAAACAGCUGAUGCUAAGUGUGCCUACAGGGCGAGUUACAGCGACGGAAAACUGAAAGGAGCACCGAAACCAUGUGCAGGAAACCAGGGGACCCAGAUACUGGUGGAGGAUUUAUUUUUCAACGUGUCUACGAGAAGGAAAGCAUUAAAAAGCGUCGCUGAUGAAUAUUCCAGGAUCAUAGACGUGGUCAGCAGGUACGCCAUCCACAACUCAGGAAAGAGUUUCACUGUGAAAAAGCAAGGAGAGACGGUGGCUGACGUGAGGACUCUGCCAAACGCCACCGUCACCGACAACAUCCGGACAGUUUACGGCAGCGCUGUGAGCAGGGAGCUGAUCGAAGUUGGCUUCCAGGACCAAAAACUGAACUUUAAAUUGAAAGGAUUUAUCUCCAAUGCUAACUACUCCAUGAAGAAAUGCAUCCUGAUCCUCUUCAUCAACCAUCGUCUGGUGGAGUCGAGUGCGUUGAAGAAAUCAGUGGAGACGGUCUAUGCAGCUUACCUUCCAAAGAACACUCAUCCUUUCCUUUACCUCAGUCUUGAGAUUGCUCCUCAGAAUGUUGACGUAAAUGUUCAUCCCACCAAACAUGAGGUUCACUUCCUGCACGAGGACGCCGUCAUCGAGAGCGUUCAGAAACACGUGGAGAGCAAACUGCUGGGCUCAAACACUUCACGCACCUUUUUCACUCAGACCCUGUUACCUGGUCUCUCAGGUAAGGUUCCAGAGAACUCCAGUAGCUCUGAGUCUUCAGAGAAAGUUUACGCCCAUCACAUGAUCCGUACCGACAGCCGCUCCCAGAAACUGGACGCCUUUCUCAGACCUCCUGAUCCUGAUCCUAAUCCUAAAUCAAAUCCUGAUCAUAAUCUUGAUGCUGAUCCUGGACCAGCUAAGACCAGCUCUGACAGUGUGCUGGACAAUGACGAUGAUGCGGCGUUGAUGGCGGCUCUGGCUGAAGAGGAGGAGGAGCUGACAGAAGAAGGAGGAGCUAACAGGAAACGACCCAGGAAACAGGAAGGGGAGGAGCUGACGGCCGCCGCCAUACCAAAGAGACGAGUCAUCAAACUGACGAGCAUAAAAGAUCUGAGGGCGGAGAUUGAGGACGACACGCACCAAGGAGUCCAGGAACUCCUUCAGAAUCACUCCUUUGUGGGCUGUGUUGAUCCUCAGUGGUCUCUGAUCCAGCAUCAGACCAAACUCUACCUGGUCAACACCUCCGUGCUCAGUAAGGAGCUGUUCUAUCAGAUUCUCAUCUACGACUUCGGGAACUUUGGUGUGCUGCGUCUGUCGAGCCCCGCCCCCCUCUAUGACCUCGCCAUGUUGGCUCUGGACUCAGAAGAGAGUGGCUGGACCGAGGAUGACGGUCCUAAAGAAGGUCUGGCUCAGUACAUCGUAGACUUCCUUAAGAAGAAGGCCGAGAUGCUCCAGGACUACUUUUCCAUGGAGACAGACCAGGAGGGGAAUCUGACCUCUCUUCCUCUGCUGCUCGAUAACUUCUCUCCUCUGAUGGAGGGUCUGCCCAUGUUCAUCCUGAGACUCGCCACCGAGGUGAACUGGGAUGAUGAGAAAGAGUGUUUCAGGGAUUUCAGCAGAGAGUGCGGUGCCUUUUACUCCAUCAGAAAACAGUUCAUCCUGCAGGAUGAGACGGACUCUGAGGCAUCGUCGUGGCGUUGGAAAGUCGAACACGUCAUCUUCAAAGCUCUGCGGACUCUCUUCAGUCCUCCAAAGCGUCUGAGUGAGGAUGGCAGCGUGCUGCAGAUCGCCAACCUCCCCGACCUUUACCGAGUGUUCGAGAGAUGCUGAAAAAAAGAUUUUAUUUGAGAUGUUUUUUUGUUGGAAUA